UUUCCUAGGAACAGCUCCGUCAUCUUCCAGUAUGAACCUCCUCUCACUCAAACACUCCCAUUUCUGCAUCCUCUAGUAGAACACUAACUACAUUCCUAAUCAACUCUCCAUUCUUUCACUCUCCAAUUCUUCUGUUUUUAGUUUAUUUCCGUUUUACUUUAUUACUUUUAGUUGAAGGAAUAUACAUAUUUCCGACAUCUUUAAAAGGAGGAUCAACUUCGAGUUUCCUCAGACAUUAAAACCCUUCCAAUUGUGUCAAGAAAAGAAGCCUGCAUUUAAGCAAUAAGCACACCCUAACUCUUGAGCUAAACAGACCAGCGUGAGUCAUUGAGUGUACUGUCCUGUCAUGGGCCAUGUACAUGUGUGGUUUCUGUGUGGUGUUCUAUCAGUGCUGACUGAGCGAGGAAAACAGGAUGCACAGCCACUUACUGCCCCUGAGCAACUAACCGUUUACAGGGAUGUUGAUGUGGAUGAUCUUGGUGUUAACAUACUAAAUGUUGAGUGGAAGCAUGGCUUCACCAACAGCAUCAGACCAGACAAAGUCACCUACGACAUUAGGAUUUUCUAUACUCAGCAAAUGAAACUGGUCCAUAAGGAGACAAUAGAGUUGAAUGCAAAUCAAAUGGGCGAUUAUAAGUGGAGCUGGAAAUCACAAAUACCACUGCAGUGUACAUCACAUUCUGUCCAGCUGCGCUACAGAGACCAUGACCAAACUAGUGCCUGGACACCUCUGAAAACAUUAAAUGGAAGCGACACACCUGACAUACAAGAAGCUAAAUUGUAUCCACAAAACCGUGAAGCCCUUGUAAGUGAGGGCAUCAGGUUCUGCUGCAUCUUAAAGCCAGAACAUAAUGGAGAGCUUAAUUGCUCUGUACCUUUCCCGAUUCGGAUCAGCAAUCAGACCUAUGUCACAGAGCCUAUACGACAUUCUACCCCAUCUCCCCACUAUGGCUUGGAUGUAGUGUGCAACAACAACAUAGGCUCUACUUACUACACUGGCUAUCCUCCUGAUGUCCACAACAUUACAUGUGAGACUAGAGAUCUCCAUACCGUGGAGUGUCAUUGGAAUGAAAAGUAUAUAUUCAGGAAAACAAACUACACAGUCAAUGGAAGGAAUUGUACCUCUGCAAAGUUUUGUGUUCUGACCAUGACAGUAGGGGUGACGAAUUGGACACUAACUGCUAAAAAUCUGCUUGGUCAAAAAACAAUCUUUGACACAGCUGAUCCAAAACACAGGGUGCACCUGAAAGCACCAGAACUCGAACCCCCUGCUUCGCUUACUGCAAGAAAUGCCACUCUUUCCUGGAAAUGGUAUACAUUACUGAAGGACACAUCAUUUUCAAUGAUAUGCCAAGUAGAGGUCAAUGGACACAUAAUCAAUGGAGCAUUUAAAGUGAGAAAUCUGAGCUCGGUGGUCCUGGCCGAUCUGCAGCCAUUUACUCAGUACGUUGCCCGUGUGCGGUGUGGCUCUCAUGAGCAUUUUUAUAAAUGGGGGGACUGGAGUAACAACAUCACCUUCAUCACCAAAGAAGACAUUCCAGAAGCUGUUGAUGUGUGGAUGCAGGUUUUUAAUGAACAGACUUAUGUUGUUUGGAACAGUCUUAGUGCAGCACAAAGUCAUGGGAUUAUAGGCUAUGAGCUGGUUAUUGGAAACUCUACAGAAAGAAACAAGGAGCGCAUCAACAAAUCACAAGAAGAGCUCUGUCACAAUCUGCAAUCAGGCAUCGCAAAAACUCAAGUCAUUAAUAUAUCUGCUAGAAACUCUGCUUGGGUCUCUCCUCCCUCCAGCAUCACCAUUCCUAUUAUGUCAGGUCGUGAUGUUGACACCAGUGAUAUUAAAGGAAAUAAUGGAUCGUUUGAUAUGGUGUGGAAACCGAGCCCUAAGUCCACUUGUGGCUAUGUGCUGGACUGGUAUCCAACUUACCAAGCAUCACAGUGUGCUAUAAAAUGGAUAAAGGUUUCCUCUGUUGUGUCCAGUAAAACAAUUUACUCAGAUUUUAUAGACGGCGUAAAGUACACUCUCUCAGUUUAUGCGUGCACUUCUGGAGCACCGUACCUGCUGCAGAGGAGAGAGGGCUAUAUGGUUGAGCUGCCCCCAUUAGGAACAGUUCAGAACCUAAAAGCAAAGCAGGAGGGCUUAAAUAUUUACCUCUCCUGGUCAAAUGUGCCUGAACAGGAGCAGAGGGGCUUUAUAGAAGGUUAUAAGAUUUUUUAUCAAAGUGCUGGCGGAGACAAAGGGAAUGUCACACUGGACCCCAAUACCAUAGAGCACAAGUUCAAUCUUUCUGUGGACCAAUACACAUUCAAAGUGAAGGCCUUCACAUCUGCGGGAGACGGCCCUGAAACUGAUCUCACUCUGCAAAUAAAUCCUGAAGGUACAAAAGUUGGCCUGGUGAUUGUUGUUUGUCUGGCUGUAAUGAUGUCUGUCUUUUGCAUCUUUACACUCCUUGCCUACAGAAAUUGGAAAUGGUUGAAAUCAGCGCUGUGGCCUGAGGUUCCCAAGCCGAGGCUUUCAGACGAGUUUCUUAAAAAGGAUGUUUAUCAGUGGCAAGUGUUGGAUCAGCUGUUGUAUGAAGAAAGUAAAGUGCUGAAAGUAAAGAGCUCAGAACGCUGUCCUGUGUUAAUUGUACCAGAGCUACAGAAAGAACGUUAUGAAACCUUGGCUCUCACCAGUCCUCACUUCAAAGGCUCAUCAUGGUCUGAAGAUUAUCAAAUACUAAAAAGUAACCCACAAACUUGCCCUCUCAUCGAUGUUGACUUUGCUUACCAGGAGCUUCCUGGGAUUCAAAACCCAACAUACAACCUACCUCUGACGAAUGCAGUUAGUAACAAAAACCAAGAAUCAGAUUACAGGCCUCAGACAGAGAAUUGCAGUAUCCAACAACGCCCCAGUAAUGCUUACCAGUGGUACCACACUCCAUCAAACAUGCCUAAAUUGCAUUUUAAAGACAAGUUCAUCAUCUAAUUUUACCUGCUGAUGUCAACUGCACCAUAUUAAACAUGUAUCUGCUCCAUCACUACGAUGUUACUGCACUUCAGCAAUAGCACAAUUUUCAGAAAAAAAGGAAAAAAACAAGUUUAUUUUAGAGUGAUUUGUAUCUCUUUUUGAGUAUUAAAAACUGCUGCCCUCUGCACUUUUAAUGUGAACACUGUUGCAAUGUGCAUUAUUAGAUUAUGACUGUAUAUUUUGCAGUAAUUAUCUUGACACAAUUUUAUUUCCGAUAAAAUGUCUGAAUAUUGUCUUAAUACUAUCUGUUUACUGACUUAGGGAUUUUAUGCACUAUGUACUUUUUAAUGUAAUUUGUACCAAUGUGAUUUUGAGUUCUAUUAUUGGUCAGAAGAUGUUUAUUAACUUUUUAUAACUCCAGCUCUGUUAGUAGUGCAGCUAUAUAUUUUGACUGUGUUUAUUAUUAAACUUCAUAUG